UCCGGCGGAGUUGCGGCGGCCGCGAGGUGCCCAGCAGUGCGGCCCCGGCGCGGAGCUGGGAGCCUCGGCCAGCGCCCGGCGCCCGCGCCCGCGACCCGCAGCCAUGGUGCCCCGGGCGCCCGGCGCGGCCCUGACCCUCUGCCUGUGGCUGGCGGCCUCCGGGGGCUGCCUGGCCGCCGGCCCCGGCGCGGCUGCGGCGCGGCGGCUGGACGAGUCGCUGUCUGCCGGGAGCGUCCAGCGCGCCCGCUGCGCCUCCAGGUGCCUGAGCCUGCAGAUCACGCGCAUCUCCGCCUUCUUCCAGCACUUCCAGAACAAUGGUUCCCUGGUUUGGUGCCAGAAUCACAAGCAAUGUUCUAAGUGCUUGGAGCCGUGCAAGGACUCGGGGGACCUGAGGAAGCAGCAGUGCCAGAGCUUCUGCGAGCCGCUCUUCCCCAAGAAGAACUAUGAGUGCCUGACCAGCUGCGAGUUCCUCAAGUACAUCCUGUUGGUGAAGCAGGGAGACUGCCCGGCUCCCGAGAAAGCCAGUGGCUUUGCCGCCGCCUGUGUUGAAAGCUGCGAAGUUGACAAUGAGUGUUCCGGGGUGAAGAAAUGCUGUUCGAAUGGGUGUGGGCACACCUGCCAGGUCCCCAAGACCCUGUACAAAGGUGUCCCCCUGAAGCCCAGAAAAGAGUUACGAUUCACAGAACUGCAGUCUGGGCAGCUGGAGAUUAAGUGGUCCUCGAAAUUCAACAUUUCCAUCGAGCCUGUCAUCUAUGUGGUCCAGAGAAGGUGGAACUAUGGCAUCCACCCCAGUGAGGACGAUGCCACGCAUUGGCAGACAGUGGCCCAGACCACAGACGAGAGGGUUCAGCUGAUGGACAUCCGGCCCAGCAGGUGGUACCAGUUCCGAGUGGCCGCUGUGAACGUGCACGGGACCCGCGGCUUCACGGCCCCCAGCAAGCACUUCCGCUCUUCCAAAGACCCAUCUGCCCCACCUGCGCCGGCUAACCUGCGGCUCGCAAACUCCACCGUAAACGGUGACGGGAGUGUGACUGUCACUGUGGUCUGGGAUGCCCCCGAGGAGCCGGACAUCCCCGUGCACCACUACAAAGUGUUCUGGAGCUGGACGGUCAGCAGCAAGUCUCUCGUUCCAACAAAGAAGAAGCGGAGAAAGACCACAGACGGGUUUCAGAACUCGGUGACGCUGGAGAAGCUCCAGCCCGACUGCGACUAUGUGGUGGAGCUGCAGGCCAUCGCGUACUGGGGCCAGACGCGCCUCAAGAGCGCGAAGGCGUCGCUCCAUUUCACGUCCACGCGUGCAGCCGGCAACAAAGAAGAGCUUGGGAAAACCAGAAAAGGUGGGAUGCAAAUGCAGCCCCCUUUCCAAAGACGACGGCCAACGCGCCCGCUGGAAGUUGGAGCUCCGUUCUUUCAAGACAACCAACUGCAGGUCAAAAUCUACUGGAAGAAGACGGAAGAUCCCAGUGUCAACCGGUAUCACGUGCAGUGGUUUCCAGAAGCGUGUGCCCACAACAAAACAGCGGGAUGGGAGACAUCCUCCGGCAUGACCCACGAAAAUUAUAUAAUUCUUCAAGAUCUGUCAUUCUCCUGCAAAUAUAAGGUGACUGUCCAACCCAUCCGGCCAAAGGGGCACUCGAAGGCAGAGACCGUUUUCUUUGCCACUCCGCCCUGCUCCGCUCUGAAGGGGAAAAGCCACAAGCAUGUUAGUUGCCCUGGAGAAGCAGGUCACGCUCUUUCCAAAGUGUUAGCCAAGCCGGAGAACCUUUCUGCUUCCUUCAUCGUCCAGGACUUUAACAUCACGGGCCACUUUUCCUGGAAGAUGGCCAAGGCCAAUCUCUAUCAGCCCAUGACUGGAUUCCAAGUGACGUGGGCAGAGGUCACCACAGAGAGCAGACAGAACAGUCUACCCAACAGUAUCAUUUCACAGUCCCAGAUCCUGCCUUCAGAUCAUCAUGUUCUAACAGUGCCCAACCUGAGGCCAUCCACCCUCUAUCGACUGGAAGUCCAAGUGCUGACCACGGGCGGGGAGGGGCCAGCCACGGUCAAGACGUUCCGGACGCCCGCCCUCCCGCCCUCAGCAGCACACCGACCCCACCUUAAACAUCGUCACCCACAUCAUUACAAGCCUUCUCCAGAAAGAUACUGAACUGGUCAACAAGAGUUUCAAAAGUUGCCUGGGUGUUGAGGAGCGGCAGCCAGCAGGCACCGCACUCCUAGAGGCAGUAGGAACUCCCCAGAGGCCCCGCCCCCCCGUGAACCUGUCGUGCAGUGAGUUCUCCUGUCAUUCGCAGACCCGUCUGGAAACAAGCCACCAGCGGUCAACCGGUCACCAGUCCCCUGUGAGAAUAGAGAAAAUGAAGAAUAGGCCUGUUUCAUUUUAAAUUGUGUUUCCAUACGUGGCUUUGCCCAUCUCUAUUGAAUUAUUUCAGAACUGACAUUUCCCCGAAUUUGGUGCAGCUAACUCUCACCAGGACGUAGCGUAACACAUAGACAAUUCGUGCCUACAGCAAGCAUAAAUUCAAUCAAUAAAAUAUAUUUUUGAUUAAGUUAUUGAUUUGAUUUGAAAGAUCAACUAAGAUUAUACAGCACUAUGUACUCAAAUCUUUUAUAUGAUCUUUUUCAUCAUGGGUGAUUUUUUUUUUUUAACUGAGAAUUUGUAGCCUAAAAUAUACCAAGGAAUUUAAAUCUAAAAAUGCUCCCAUUUCAAGUGUGCUAUGCUACUUUUUAUAAAAUGUAAAUGAAAGUUCAAUCUGUAAAUUAUGAUUUAAAAAACACACUCAAGCCAAGGGGACUCCAUGAAUUAGGCUGCUAAUCAGAUUUUGCCUCGGAGAAA